CUAUCAGUAAUCAUGUGCUCGUUGAAAAGAUGAUUGAGGAAGGUGUUAAAAAAAUAUUUUUAAUUAAUUUUCCGGUUUACGAUAACACUAGUGUAAUCUCAAAACCCUUCUAAUGAACUACGAGAUUAGUUAGUCGUUAAUUUUACUUUGUCGUCUGUGUGUGAAUUCUGUGUUUGUGAAUUUUUAGCUUAAGUUUUAUUCAGAUUUCAACCGGUUCCUGUAGUGAUAACAGCGAAAAAAUGGAAAAGAAACCGUGUAGUUUGAUCCUGAGCGAUGGAAUUAUUUAUCAUGGAGAAGGCUUCGGUUUCGAUCAAGAAAUCAGCGGAGAAGUGGUUUUUCAGACUGGAAUGGUCGGAUACCCGGAAUCGCUAACUGAUCCAUCGUUUCACCGACAACUUCUCGUUCUAACUUACCCAUUAAUUGGAAACUACGGUAUCAGCAAAAAUGAAACCGAUGAAUACGGAUUAGCACCGUUCGAAUCGCAUAAAAUUUGGAUAGGCGGUUUAAUUAUCGAUGAAUUGUGUGAAAAACCGAGCCACUGGAAGCAAAGUAAAACGUUAGACGAUUGGUUGAAAUCUAACCAAGUACCUGGUAUUUGUGGUAUCGAUACGAGAGAGCUGACUAAGCAUUUGAGAAGCUAUGGAUCCAUAUUGGGACGUAUUGUUAGAUCAUUCGUACCGGAGAAUCUCUAUAAAGCUACUCAAUUUGAUAAUCCUAAUCAGUAUAAUUUAGUUAAGGAAGUUUCAUCGAAAGAUAAAGUAAUCUACAACGAGAAAGGAUCGCCGACGAUUUGCGUCGUUGAUUGUGGUCUAAAGUAUAAUCAGAUCAGAUGCCUAGUGAAGAGAAAUGCUAAAGUGAUCGUCGUUCCUUGGGACUAUCCUUUGACAAACAUCCAAUACGAUGGAUUAUUCCUGAGCAAUGGUCCAGGCAACCCGCAACUUUGUCAAUCCACCAUCGACCAACUGAAAAAUAUUCUCAAACAGACGACCAACGUUAAACCUAUCUUUGGGAUUUGUCUCGGCCAUCAACUCUUGGCUAUUGCAGCUGGCUGCCAAACUUAUAAAAUGAAGUAUGGUAAUCGAGGACAUAACCAACCAUGUCUACUGGAAGGGACUCAGAGAUGUUUUAUGACUUCUCAGAAUCACGGUUAUGCUGUAAAUGUUGACACUAUUGAUCGAGAUAAUUGGUUACCAUUGUUUACCAAUGUUAAUGACAAAAGUAACGAAGGAUUGGUGCACAAAACGUUGCCAUAUUUCAGUGUACAAUUCCAUCCAGAAGCGACUCCAGGCCCAACUGAUUUAGAAUGCUUAUUCGACAUAUACCUCGAUACAGUACUCAAGUACAAAUCAAACAUUCCGGAAAAAACGUUACUAGACCAGAUUCAAACCCAUUUCGCCGUCACUCCAAGUAUCAGUUCGAUAAAGAAACCUCGAAAAGUUCUCAUUCUCGGUUCCGGUGGCCUAUCUAUAGGACAAGCCGGCGAAUUCGACUAUUCCGGAUCUCAGGCUAUUAAAGCUAUGAAAGAACAUUCCAUUCAGACCAUUUUAGUCAAUCCUAACAUCGCCACUGUUCAAACAUCUAAAGGACUAGCCGAUAAAGUGUACUUUUUGCCCAUAGAUGACUACUACGUUAAACAGGUCAUCGAAUCCGAACGCCCUGACGGUAUAUUAUUGACUUUUGGAGGACAGACAGCAUUGAAUUGCGGAGUAAAGCUUCAACAAGCUGGAAUUUUCGAUAAAUAUAACGUAGAAGUACUCGGUACUCCGGUCGAGACAAUCAUUAAGACCGAAGAUCGUAAAAUGUUCGCUGAUUCUAUUCAAGAAGUACAAGAGAAAGUCGUUCCGAGUGCUGCUGUGUAUUCUGUGCAAGAGGCUUUAGCAGCUGCAGAGAAACUAGGGUAUCCGGUGAUGACCAGGUCAGCUUUUUCGUUAGGUGGUCUAGGAAGUGGAUUUGCUGAUAAUGCCGAAGAAUUACGAAAACUUGCUAAAACAGCGUUCACCCAGUCGUCUCAGUUGAUCGUUGAUAAGUCUUUGAAAGGAUGGAAGGAAGUUGAAUACGAAGUCGUUCGAGAUUGUUAUAAUAAUUGUAUCACCGUAUGUAACAUGGAGAACAUCGAUCCUUUGGGUAUCCAUACCGGAGAAUCAAUAGUCGUCGCACCCAGUCAAACAUUAAACGACUACGAAUACAACAAAUUACGAUCAGUUGCCAUAAAAACAGCUCGAUAUUUCGGUAUAGUCGGAGAAUGCAACGUACAAUUCGCUCUGAGUCCGACUUCCGACGAAUACUACAUCGUCGAAAUAAAUGCUCGUCUAUCUCGAAGUUCAGCUUUAGCUAGCAAAGCUACCGGAUACCCUUUGGCUUACGUUGCAGCCACUUUAGCUUUAGGUGUUUCUCUACCCAGUAUAACGAAUUCAGUCACUAGCACCACUACUGCCUGUUUUGAGCCAAGUUUGGACUACUGUACGGUUAAAGUACCGCGUUGGGAUUUAAAUAAGUUCACUAAAGUUAGCACAAAAAUCGGAAGUUCAAUGAAGAGUAUCGGCGAAGUGAUGGCAAUAGGAAGAAAAUUCGAAGAAGCUUUACAGAAAGCUUUCCGAAUGGUGGACGAAAACGUGCUAGGAUUCGACCCAUACGUGAAACCGGUCGAUGAAAAAGAACUAGAAGAGCCUACCGAUAAAAGAAUGUUUGUUUUGGCUGCUGCACUCAAAGAAGGCUACAGCGUAGAACGACUCAACGACUUGACUAAAAUAGAUCCUUGGUUUUUAUACAAAAUGAAAAAUAUCAUCGAACAUCAAUCUUACAUGGAAGAGUUACCAUUUCAAGAAAUCAUUCCGCAUGAUAUUUUGUUGAAAGCUAAACAACUCGGAUUUUCGGAUAAACAAAUAGCGUCUUUUGUUAAGAAAGCCGAACUGGUUAUUAGGAAACAGAGAGAGAAACGAGGUAUUACUCCGUUUGUCAAGCAAAUCGAUACGGUGGCUGCUGAAUAUCCUGCUUCGACGAAUUAUUUAUACUUGACGUAUAAUGCGAUAUCACACGAUAUAUCGUUCCCGUCUGGAAAUGUUGUUGUUAUUGGCUCCGGAGUUUAUAGAAUUGGCAGCUCGGUGGAAUUCGAUUGGUGUGCUGUAGGAUGUCUCAGAGAGCUCAGCAAACUAGGAAAGAAAACCAUCAUGAUUAAUUACAACCCGGAAACCGUCAGUACAGAUUACGAUAUGAGCGAUAGGUUGUAUUUCGAAGAAAUCUCAUUCGAAGUAGUUAUGAACAUCUACAAUUUAGAAGAUCCCGAAGGUGUCGUCCUCUGCAUGGGAGGCCAAUUACCGAAUAAUAUAGCGAUGGAUUUACACAGACAGAAAGUUCGUAUCCUGGGUUCAUCUCCCGAAUCAGUGGACGGAGCCGAAAAUAGGUUUAAAUUUUCCAGAAUGCUCGAUCGUAUCGGUAUAAGCCAGCCUAGAUGGAAAGAAUUAACAGAUUUGGCCUCAGCUAUCGAAUUCUGCGAAGAAGUCGGAUAUCCGUGUCUUGUGCGUCCUUCUUAUGUGCUCAGCGGAGCUGCCAUGAACGUUGCUUACUCGGCUACUGACCUCGAAUCAUACCUCAAAACAGCCAGCACCGUUUCCAAAGAAUAUCCUGUUGUUAUAUCUAAAUUUUUAUUGGAUGCUAAAGAAAUAGACAUCGACGCGGUAGCUUACGAUGGUAUGAUACUUUGUAUGGCUGUCUCGGAACACGUGGAAAAUGCCGGAGUACAUUCCGGUGACGCUACUUUGGUCACUCCUCCUCAAGAUAUCAACGAAGAAACUCUAUCGAAGAUAAAAGAUAUUUGUAAAAAUAUAGCCGCCUCUUUGGAAAUUACUGGACCUUUUAAUAUGCAACUGAUAGCCAAAAACAAUGAACUGAAAGUAAUCGAAUGCAACGUUCGAGUUUCUCGAUCAUUUCCAUUCGUCUCGAAAACACUGGAUCACGAUUUCGUCGCGAUGGCAACCCAAGUGAUCAUUGGAGAGACUGUCGAACCUGUUGAAGUGCUGAAUGGUUCGAGUAAAAAAGUAGGAAUCAAAGUGCCUCAGUUCUCGUUCGCUAGGCUGUCAGGUGCUGAUGUGACCCUUGGAGUUGAAAUGGCGUCCACUGGUGAAGUGGCAGGAUUCGGUGAUAAUCGAUAUGAAGCUUACUUGAAAGCUAUGAUCAGUACUGGAUUCCAAAUUCCACAAAAAGCCAUUCUUAUAUCGAUUGGAUCGUUGAAACAUAAAAUGGAACUUGUGAGCACCGUCAAAGCUUUGGGAAACAUGGGAUAUAAAUUAUACGCGACCAGUGGAACUGCUGAUUUUUACACCGAGCAUGGACUCAACGUGGAACCGGUUCACGUAGUGUUCGAUUUAGAAGAGGGAACAUCGAACAACGAGUUACAAAAGCUAGCCGAAGUUUUAGCCAGAAAAGACAUCGAUUUGAUAAUCAAUUUACCAAUGCGUACUGGUAACAUGCGCAGCAGAUUCUCCUCCUUCAAGACAUACGGUUACCAUACACGUAGAUUAGCCGUGGAAUACGCUGUACCGCUCAUAACAGACGUUAAAUGCACCAAAUUACUCGUAGAAGCCAUGUACCAAAUCAGAGGAGCUCCUCAAAUGAAAACUCACACUGAUCGAUUAUCCUCCCAUAGACUGAUCACGUUGCCUGGGUUUAUCGAUAUCCAUUGCCAUAUCAGAGAACCUGGCAAUCCUUAUAAGGAAGAUUACGCUUCGGGUACUGCAGCUGCUUUAGCUGGAGGUGUCACUUUGGUUUGUGUGAUGCCCAAUACGAAUCCUGCGAUCACAGAUGAAGCUACCUUGAACCAGGCCAAGGAGCUCGCCAAAGCUGGAGCCAGGUGUGAUUACGCGUUGUUUGUCGGAGCCACUGCUGAUAAUUGUAAUACGAUCAAUAAAUUGGCCACCGAAGCUAUGACCUUGAAGAUGUAUCUGAAUGAAACCUACAAUACGUUGAGAUUACCUGAUAUUACUCAUUGGAUGAAGCAUUGUGAAAAUUGGCCAAAACGAAUGCCAAUCUGUGCUCAUGCCGAAGGCCAAACCACAGCUGCCAUAAUCAUGGUAGCCUCGCUCUACAAUCGACCUAUUCACAUCUGCCACGUUGCCAGGAAACAAGAAAUACUCGUAAUUCGAGCAGCAAAGGCUAAAGGGUUACCAGUCACUUGCGAAGUUAGUCCGCAUCAUUUAUUCUUAACCGAUCAGCAUGCUGAAAAAAUAGGCCAUUCCAAGAGUCAAGUUCGACCUUGCCUAUGCUCCGAAGAAGACCGGCAGGCUUUAUGGGAAAAUCUGGACAUAAUCGACGUAUUCGCCACUGAUCAUGCUCCACAUACCAUUUCGGAAAAAGAAUCUGAAAAUGCUCCUCCUGGUUUCCCCGGUCUCGAGACCAUUUUACCAUUACUCUUGAACGCAGUUAAUGAAAAGAAAAUGACCUUAGAUGAUCUCAAAAAUAAAUUCUACCAUAAUCCGAGACGUAUCUUCAACCUGCCGGAACAACCAGACACCUUUGUCGAAGUAGAUCUCGACGAAGAAUGGGUUAUCCCAGAACAUCCUCAAUUUUCUAAAAGCCAAUGGACUCCUUUCGCCGGAACUAAAGUUACUGGAGCUGUGCACAGAGUCAUACUACGAGGAAAAGUAGUCUACGUUGAAGGACAGGUAUUAGCCGAACCAGGCCAAGGAAGGAAUAUUCGCGAAACUCAAAACCUGAUCACGAUUCAAACUCCCGAAACUAUCGAAGGAAAAUAUUCCAAAACAUUGAAUCCUCUUGAAAUAACCUGCACGGAUCCAUUAUGGAGAUCGGAGACCAAAGUUAAUGACUUAUACAGCAAAGUAAUCUCAGAAAUCGAGAACAAAGUCGAAGAAGAAAUCAAAAAAGUGCAUUCUAAAUCCCUAAGCUUGAAAAAUAACCCGAUGGCUGCUCGUUUCGCUACUGAAAAUUCCCUACUCGUGAAAAUCCCUCAAGAUCCGGUCAUCUCCGGAUUACCAUCUCCUGGACAAUCUUCGCUGGCUAAUAAACAUAUCCUCAGCGUCGAUAUGUUCAAUAAAGAGCAACUUAACGAUAUAUUCAACUUGGCUCAAUCCUUGAGGGUAUUCGUGAUCAAACAGAGACCUCUGGAUCAUAUUCUUAGGGGGAGAGUGAUGGCUUCGGUUUUCUACGAGGUUAGUACGCGUACGAGUUGCAGUUUUUCUGUAGCUAUGGAGAGAUUGGGAGGUAGAGUUGUUCAUGUCGAUGAAUCUAGCUCGUCAGCUCAGAAAGGAGAGACCUUGGAAGAUACCAUCGAAACAAUGGCAGGAUACGUAGACUGCCUCGUGUUGAGACACCCUACACCAGGAGCAGUUGCGAGAGCUGCAGCCCAUUCCAGAAAACCUCUACUGAACGCCGGAGAUGGAGUAGGUGAGCAUCCAACUCAAGCUCUUCUCGACGUGUUCACAAUACGAGAAGAAAUAGGUACAGUCAAUGGAUUAACCAUUACUAUGGUCGGUGACUUGAAAAAUGGUCGAACUGUUCACUCUUUGGCUAGACUACUCACUCUAUACAAAGUGCAAUUAAAAUACGUCAGCCCGCCCAAACUCGGUAUGCCUGAUCACAUUCGAGAUUUCGUUCGAUCAAAAGGAAUCCACCAAGAAGUUCAUACAUCUUUAGAACAAGUCCUGCCUGAAACCGAUGUCCUGUACAUGACUAGAAUCCAAAAAGAACGUUUUGAAACCGAACAAGAAUACCAAUCGGCUUGUGGUCUUUAUGUGAUUACACCGGAGAUCAUGACGAGAGCUAAAGCUAAAAUGGUCGUGUUGCAUCCACUUCCUAGAGUAUUUGAAAUUAGCCCAGAAUUUGAUAUCGAUUCUCGAGCAGCUUACUUCAGACAAGCAGAAAACGGACUGUACGUUAGAAUGGCUUUGUUAGCCAUGGUUUUAGGAAAAUACUAAUUACCAGUUAUUUUAAUAUUAUUAUGUUGACCAUUGAUAAUCUUUAUCAGAACGUAAAUCGUUGAUCAUGUUAUGUGAUUUUUUUAAACUAAUUUUUUUUUACUCGUUACAUUAUUUUGGAUGUGUACCUUGGGUAUGAGAAUUUAAGUGAUCUACAUUUUUAUAUUAUCUAUGUUUGUUUUAAAUACAUGAUUUUUGCAAUUUUAAA